AUGGCUCCCUCCUCCUUCUUGUUCUUCUUCUUGCUGACUGUUACAUCUACUGCUACUCACAACAGGAGGGCUCUUCAUCAGCCUUUCUUCCCCAAAUACUCCUCAUCCUCUUAUUCCUCUUCAUCUUCCCACACAACCUUCGGCGCCUUCUUCCCUCUUGAACCCUCCCCGCCGAAUCCGCCUCCUGCGUCCUCCACCGCUGCCUUUCCUACCUUUCCUGUUAAUGUCUCCUCCACGACCGACGCCUCUUCCACCUCCCCCUCCCGCCGCUCUCCGUCCAACCUCCUCCCUGCCGUCGCGACCCCGCUCCUUGCCGUCGCCUUCCUUGUCCUCUCCUUCGUGCUCUUCUUCCACUUACGCCAUCGUCAAGGAGGAGUUGCCGACAACGACGUCGGGUCCGAUAGCAUCCGCUUCUUCCCUCCCCCUGCAGCUUCUUCCGGCGAGCAGGAGAUCUCCGCCGCCGCGCCUUCGUCCGCUGCCUCUCUCGGUGGAUCGGAGUUACUGUCUGUGGGUGUUGCCGGCAGCUCGCAUAGAGACACGAGCGAGAGCUGUGCUUCCGGAGGCUUCACGACGUACUGGAAGCUCCGGUCGCCGGAGCUCCGUCCGCUCCCGCCACUGCCCCGUCAGGUACUACUAAGCGGUGAAGCCUGCCGUUCGUCGACGUCGGAUGAGGAGAUAUGCUCGGUCAACACUUCCCCACCGCCGCCACCAAAGCAUACCUCGCUCCUGCGGCCACCCACACCAUCACCUCCGAAGCGAAGACCACCAGCCCAUUCGCCACCAUCUUCGCCGUUUGAGGCCGAGAGUGACGAGAAGGCAGGAAACUUGCAGUACUCCCCCAGGAAAAACUUGCGCUCGCCAAGAAAAAUAGGGGACUUUGCCAGACGCGCACUCGUCGGUGGACAAAAUCCGCCACCGCCGGCUCCGGUACCUGCAGCUGGUUCUGACGAGGGACAAAACGUCAAGAUUCCAACUUUCCGGCUGCCGCUUCUCGCGCCUCCACGAGACUCUGUGUUGAAGAAGACGGUGAUUUCACGAGAGAAUCCGAAUGCAGCGGAGGUGCACGAGGAGGAUCUUGGACCAAAGUUGAAGAGGUUGCACUCAGAUAAAUCUCAAGCGAUCCCUGAGCAUUGA